UAUCAUUGGCUAGUGUUUACACCCCUCUGUUGAAUAAUAUUUGAUAAAUGUGUGUUUUUCAACUAUAAAAAGAUAAAGCCGAAGAAUUAGUGUAUAUUUUGAAGACAUUUAAUCAAUUUGAUCCAUUACUGUUACAGUUUACCUUAAAUUAUCCACUUACGGGUUGUAAUUUAAUUUGAUUUGGAUUUAGGUUAUAGGUUCAAUUUACAGCAAUGGAAAUUCCGGUUAUGGAAAGUUCCUACGUACCCUACGCAAAUUUUAAUUUUGAAAAUACCAAUUUAGAAUUGGCACGUUCACAGUGGCCCAACUACGACGACCAGCAUUAUUUACGAGGCUGCAAAUGGUCUCCUGAUGGAACCUGUCUUCUUACUGUUGUACGAGGGGCAGGAAUGCACGUAAUGGAACUGCCCCCAGAUUUGUAUACAGGAGAUACCAUUCUUACAAGUCGACCUGUAGUUCCUUUGAUUCCAGCUGUAAGUGUGCCUGAAAGCGGUCUUAUAUACGACUAUUGUUGGUAUCCGGGUAUGAAUAGUGCUAAUCCCGCAACUUGCUGCUGGCUUGCUAGUGGACAUGAAGGCCCAAUCCACCUGUGGGAUGCUUUCACAGGCGAUUUAAGAUGCUCAUAUCGAGGAUACAAUAACGUUGAUGAAUUGGAAGCAGCUAUAAGUGUAACUUUUUCAGCUGACGGUCAGAAUAUAUUUUGUGGCUAUAAGAAGAAUGUUAAAAUUUUUAGCACUAGUCGUCCAGGUCGAGAGUACUUUGAAUAUCCCAUACAGCACCAGGCCUCCUGUUUAACAGCUAGUUUAGCUCAACCUGGCAUAGUUGCCAUAGGGACAUGGAAGAAUACAAUUGAACUGGUGAGUCAAUGCGAUGGUACAUUCCGACAUUUGUGCAAAUUGUCAGGUCAUAAAGGGGGCAUUACGACGAUGGCGUUUUCGUUAGAUGGAUGUCGUUUGUAUAGCGGCGCACGCAAGGACAACGAAAUAAUUUGCUGGGAUCUCCGAGUGCCUGGUCGACCGAUGUUUUGCUUGACGCGGGCAAGUAAUACAAACCAAAAGAUUACCAUCGACUUGUCGAGAGAUAACAAAUGGUUGGUCAGUGGAGGCUCAGACGGGAAGGUUCAGGUGUGGGACGUUUCGCAAAAUAUAGCCCCUUCAGUGCAUUACGAGUUACCGCUACACACCGACUGUUGUAACGGGGUGAGUUUGCACCCUUUCCGUCCCAUAGUUGCCACCGCAUCCGGUCAGCAUCAUCCCCUCGAUCCGUUGCACCAUACCAGGAACGUUAUGCAGUACGAAAACGCGCUCGUUAUGUGGUGGGUGGGAUACCAACAGGAAGACCCUGACCUACUGACCACCAUCAUCAAAGCAGCGUCCAACAGCUAACCCAAAGAUCGAAGUUUUAAUUUAAAUUUUGAUUAGAGAUCAUUUCUUCAUUAAUUUAAUUUGUAAUCGUUUUCAUCACGUAGUGUUUUUUUUUUAAAUACCUACAUAUUCUGAUGUUGUAAAACGUUCGAUAGGUUUAGUUUUUGACUAUGUUUAAUAAUUGUAAAGUAAUAACUGGUUAAAUACUAGAAUAAAUUAUUUUCACAUUUGAA